UCCAUCCAAGAAUUGGUGUCUAAAUCUUUCUUCCCGAUUGUGCAUGUGUGCAAACUGAUUAUCUUCUUUCAGGUUCAAGUGACAUUUGAGGGAGUCAGAGGGAGGUCUUGGUCAGGAGAUAUAGCUAUUGAUGACGUAACCAUAGCGAAAGGAGGUUGUUUCGCCCCACCCACUCCUCCUCCGCCUCCAGGUACCUUUCAUUUUAAGAUAACUGAAUCACAAUGCGUAAUUGUAACUGACUUCCGUAUAAAAAUAUUACAUGGAUACUGCAUCUAAAUGGCCUGGUUUUAUUGAAAGACUCUUUUUCGAGACAUUUUCAUUGCAGACAAAACUUCUCCACAGUUUUUUAUUGAUAGUCAAAUUUACUAUUUUUGUGUGUUUUUCUCAUUCUGAAGUUAUAACCUGUAUCGAUUUCAAUUUCGUUCAAUAUUUUUCUGCGCGUUGCAUGUGAUCUCUGCAAGAUGAAGUUGCAUUCAGCCUUGCAAUAACCAGCUACAUACUUUACUGCUGAGCGAAGUCAAUAAUUAACAAUAAAACCAAACCCAAGCAUUUGAAAGGCAGUUGAUGCGCGUCACAACAAAUCGAAUUUAUUUGUCAUAAUUUGAUCAAGGGACAAGCAUCCAUCCUAGCUGAUAUUGAAGUGCUGUCCGUUUGUUUGUUGUCUAGCCGGUAAUUGUGGAUCCCGACCAAGUGUUCGAAUCGUUGGUGGCACAGUAGCACCCAGAAACAGCUGGCCUUGGCAAGUAAUGCUGCUGACCACAUCCAAUCGGCAGUUUUGUGGAGGCUCAUUGAUUGACCCUUUGUGGGUGGUAACAGCAGCGCAUUGUGUUACUCGGAAAUCGCCCCGUAGCGUUAGAGUCAGGUUGGUAUUCGUUGCUCAAGAACUGUAGCGAAAUUAUUCUUUAGAACAGCAAACUUAUCGUCCAUACAAAAUCAGACAAUUGUACUAAAUUCAACUCGCUCUGAAAUGGGUUGAGUUGUUUGUGUCACUCUUAUGCAAGAUUUCAUUUAGAUGUGAGUCCUGAUGUGAACUCAGCGAGAUAGUGAAAAAAAAAACAUAGAAAAAUAAUUAUUUCAAAUACAUGCUGCUGAUAACAGCUUGGCAGAUCAAAGAAAGUUUUUGUAUUUUGCGUCUAGGCGUCGAUCAAUGAUAUCUGCCAUAACAUACAAAUGAUGUUACAUUGCAGUGCAAUAAAAAGACGAACAAACAAACAAGAAAACCAAAUCAAACAGAUACAAAUUUGAAAUACAGCUUGUAGCGGGGAAAUGUUUUGUCAAUUUAUGCUAUCUUUUCAUCAAACGUAGAGUGGGAGCUCAUUUCAGGACAUCACAAUUAGUUGGAACAGAACAGAAUAUCAACGUUGCCCAGAUCAUUUCCCACGAGAAUUAUAGAAAACCAAAGUCCUUCAGCAAUGACGUAGCUCUCCUAAAACUGGCUAAACCCGCUGUACUUGGUCGAGGAGUUGGGCUCGUCUGUCUAUCAAAUCCAAGCAAUGUUCUUCCCAUUGACAAAAGUAAGCACUGCUGGAUAACUGGAUGGGGGACUCUGAAAUCCGGUGGCAGUCAACCCAAUGAACUCAUGCAAGCCAGCGUCCCACUUGUAUCAAAAGCGCGUUGCUUGAGAGCCUAUCCUGGCAAGAUAGACGACACCAUGUUGUGCGCAGGUCUGGACCAAGGCGGAGUGGAUGCUUGUCAAGGCGACAGUGGUGGGCCGCUCGUCUGCGAGUUCAAUGGCAGAUGGUUUUUGGAGGGAGCCACAAGCUGGGGUUAUGGCUGCGCCAGGCCUAACAAGUAUGGAGUGUACGCUAGCAUUGCUCAUCUGAGGUCAUGGAUAACCAACAAGGCAGGCCUUUCACAACCCAGCCCACCUCCACCAGUGACUCCACCGCCGCCGUCCAGCCCGGCUCCACCAACGGCAAAACCACCCCCACCUCCAAGUAAGAUUUUUACGUCAAGUAAUUACAUCUUAUCUUACCGCAAAUUUCAAAAAGAGAAAAACAUGCAUAGUUUAUAAUUCUCUUCAUCUUCCACGUAAAUGUUUAUGCGCUACUUUCACGCCUUGAAAAUGAAGCGGCAAACUGUGAAAUCAUUCAGCGCCCACAGCAAUUGAAUUUUAAGGAACACAAUGUAAAUGCACCGUUGGAAUAAAAUAUACUAUUGUUUCCGCAGGUUGUUAUGAUAAUCCCAAAUACGCCGACAUUUGUCCUUCAAUUGCAUCAUGUGGAAACUACUGCAACAAUAACAAAGCUUGGGCGCAAAAAAACUGUCAAAAGUCAUGUAGAAUGUGUCAAGGUAAGUUCCAUGGUGCGCUGCCUGAGAAAUACGAACAGAGUACAAAAAAAGGUGGAAAACGUCUGUGUUCAGUUUUCCGAGAAUACCGCGACACAAUUUGGAGUCGACGCAUGCAAAAGGUCCGCUAAAAUAGUCAACGACUGAAAAGCCGAGAAUGAAUUUGAUACUUCGCAUCAACUGAAAACUCUUUAAAACGAAUAUAGAAUGAAUAAAAAAAUGCUUUUCUCAACCAACUCGCCAAAUUCCCUUUCGAUCGGCUCGAUGGCUUUGCUCGUUAGGAAUUAGAUCUAUCAACAAAUAAAUUUUAAACCUACAUUCCUCUUUGGCUUACAUAUUAAUUUUAAGUGUGGGAACAGAACCUCAUUCUUGCACACAUUUUUCAAACUAUUGACUGCGUUUUAAGAAAUCGUAAAGACAGGUCUUACCAUUAUGUCCGUUUAGAUUUCAAUUUUUUCAGAGGUUGAAACUUGAUGACUGAAACAAUGCGAAAAUUAUCUUAAUCCAGUUCCUUGAUUCCGAUCAAUCUUUGUUGUUGAACCCACUCGAUUAAACUUACCCAAGUUUCACAAGAAAAUAGAGUCAAUGGUAAAAUGAUUCUCUCGAAUUAGAAAAUAUUCACAGCCUUUUUCUCCUUUAAGUUGACUGACUGAGUAGAAUUUAUUGCAAUUUCACAACAGGACAACUCCAAUGUGGCUCCACGCCCAUCUCUCAAUCACGUGUCAUUGGAGGUCAAGAUGCAAAGCCUGGAGCCUGGCCAUGGCAGGUGUGAUGUCUUAGCUUUGCAAGUGUACAUCUUCUACGCUGUCUGUUUCGAGAGACUAGCAACCUCAAUUUAACAGCAGUUGUAGGGUAUAUUAGGAAAUCACCGCUGGCGAGAUAAACGUUUGGUUUCAUUGUUAGCAAGUUUAAACAUGACUUCCUGAAUUGUAGUCAUGUUUUUAAAACCAAGUUUGCAGGCUAAGGUUCAUUAAAAUCCCUUCAACUGAAGGUAACGGAUCCUGUAUGAAAGUUUAUAAAAUGUUUGAAAUUUGAAGUUAGUAUUCAUUCUAUCGAUGUUUCGUCAUAUAGAUUGCAUUACAGCGUAACAACAGAUUCAUCUGCGGAGGAUCGCUCAUCUCUGCCACUUGGAUUGUUACUGCUGCCCAUUGUGUAGCAAGCAGCAGGUAAGGGCUUCCUUUUUUUAUUUGAUAAACAGGGAGCAGGCCUAAUGAAGCUUUUGAGAAAAACAUUGGCUGAUUACCAAACUGAUCAACCCACCAACCUCAACAUAUAGCGACCAACCAGCUUACUGACCAGUAAUCUUGAACUGACUGGCCAAUCAACCAACUGGCCAACUGACGACUAUAAAUAAGGAACGACCAACAGACCCGACCCAACCGACUGAUCAAACGAAUGACCAUCUCGACGACUACUGUCGAACAAUCAAUGAAACUGGUCAACAGAUCUAGCCGGCUAAUUACAACUGACUGUCCAUGCACCAUAAAACAACCAACCAACCUACAAUCGAGAAAAGUACCGAGAUUUGAAACUGAUUGACUUACCAUACGAACAGGUGACCAAAUAUAAGACGAAUAAACUGGCCGAUCAACCAAAACACGGCGAGGCAUAAUUCACAUCCCACUAUAGCAUAAUAUUCCUUCAUUGGACAAAUAUUCCAGACUAUAUUUGACAGUCCAACAAUGUAAUAAGCUUCUUUGUCGAUUGAAGGUUGUGCAUAACCAUAAUGCAGCAAUUCCAAAUCAACCUGAGCAUACUUGUGUCGUUUAUCUUUAGUAACCCUGCUAGCUACAAAGUAGUUGUGGGAGAUCACAAUCGGAAUGCUAACGAAGGAACAGAGGAGUCAGUUGGUGCCAAGCGAGUAAUUUCUCACCCUCAAUACAACCGUCCUGGUAGACUUAACAAUGACAUCGCCCUGAUUGAACUCGCUGCGCCUGUGAAACUCUCUGCCAGGGUGAACCCCGUGUGCCUACCGUCUAGCGACUCAAAUGUACCCACAGGAUCAAAAUGCUACAUUACAGGUAAGAGCAGUCAUAAGUAACGCGCUUGUUUUUAUGUACACUAUGAGAAUACUAUACGAUGAUAAUGCCCAAAACUCUUGUGUAUAAAAACAAAACACACAAGCUUUAAAAUUGAGUAAUUGACCCACCAGCUUGUGGAGAAAAGUCUCUGCAAACUCUUCAAACUUUCCAGACGCCUAACUGAAAAUCUAUGGUUGGUUGAAUCACCUUUAUUAUUGCUUGCCUAACCAGCGGGGCACUAUUCACAAUGUAGAGUUCUGCAUAUUACUAUGUUUAGCUUAAAAAUGACACGGGAGAUUCCUUUAGAAAGCACUGCGUUGGAGAUAACAGCCUUCUGCAAGCAUGGUUGAAACAUUAUCGUGCUUCCUCGUACACUUUUUCAUAAUUCUUUCCAUUCCCGCCGGUAGGUUAUCACAUAACCGAUGGGGACACAAUUGGGACCUAUCUAUCUGUCAUCUGAGCUAUUGAGGUGUUUUAGUGGUAAUUUUGUGAACUUUCUGCUUUGAUAGGUUGGGGAAAGAUUAAACAUCCGGGAAGUUCUCAUCCUAUUUUACAGCAAGCCAUGAUGCCGCCCAUCGAUCCAGCGAAAUGUCGGCGGAGGAUUCAAGCGAGUGGAGGUGCUCUCGAUAAUCUAGUAGAUUUUCUCAUUUUAAUGUUGUCAGCUCUAUGCUCAUUUUUUCUUCUCUUGCUUUUUAAUGUAGAACUUAUUCGCAAGGUUUGUUAUGGGAUUGUCAAAUCCACUCUUUUAUGAAAGGUGUCCACACAACAAUGAAGCGCAAAUUAUACAUUAAUUCUGGCUGGCAUGUUACGAAACUACGUGCGGUAAAUUUUCAUCAACCCUGAAUUCAAUUUCCAGCUGUUUCAACAACCAAGGAAUAUAUCGAGAAUGGACUCCCAAUGUUUCCAGAAUCUUAAUGAUCUGAACUAAUCGCCAUGUAAAUGCUGUGGCUAAUGCCAUCUUAGGUGGGCCCGAAAUCCGAAUCUUUUUAACCGAUCUAGAUAACAAUGUACUUCAGUGACGGAUCACUAAGUCAGUUGAGGGUUUGAACUUCGAUGCUUUCAUAGAAUUUGAUUCUUUUACUUAGGUUUCACUUUGAAAAUGCCUGUUAAACUACUCCUGCUUGCAUCAAUUGAUGCUUCGAACUAACCAUACUUGUGUAUCAAACCCUGUAACCCACUAUUUGUUAAUGAACCCUUUAAUUGACUAAGUCGAAUGCCGUUUAACUCCAGCAAGAACAUAUUGAGUAACAUCAGUCACAAAAAGAUUUUUCACGGUGUUAAUAAAAUCCAAAGAAGUUUUGUAUUAUCUUUGGCAAUGGAUAAAAAUUGUGUUGUUUUGGAUUACUCGUGCUCAUUUAGGGAUAUUUUCAUUUUUUGUAGUCUCAAUAUCGUUAACUCCGCAAAUGUUGUGCGCGGGCGUGGACAAUACCAUUUUAAGUGGUUGCCAUGGUGACAGCGGAGGACCGUAUGUGUGCUUGAAUGCGGACGGGAAGACAUACACUUUACAUGGUGCAGUAAGCUGGGGUUCCUCCAGAUGCGAUGCUAAACAACUUUUUACUGUGUUUGCUCGAGUGACGCAGUACCGAGCGUGGAUCAAACAGCACACUGGGUUAGGUGGAUGA